UUAAGUAGUGCUGCACUAAUGCACUGAAAGCCCCACCAGUUGCGAUUUGUCCAUAAAUAAUAUGGAAGUGCCUGAAAACUGAAAUGACAAGUUCGCUGUUAAAUUCAUCAAACCCACAUUUAAUUGAUGUAAUAUUAUAAUGACAGUGCGCAGCCAUUUGAUCCUCACACAACCAACCUAUUUUUCCUCACAGGAACAGCUCUGUAAACUACGUCGAUGACGUGAUUAUUCGCGAGGCAUUGAGAGUGUGUUCCAUCCGGUUCCAGCUCUACCACCAUGGUACGUGACUUGAACGCUACAUAAACAACGCGAGUCCGUCUGGUCUCUGUUGGACGAGCGAGAGGUGUUUUUAUUUGGUCCUCGUUACUUUUCACGAGCUAAAGUAAAGCGGGGGUUUCGGCACAGUCUCCGGAAUGCACCGAGGAGGACACGCUGAUGUAGCUGGCUGCUCUUAUGGCUUUAACACCCAGAUGCUCUGAGACGGGAUGUUUUCAACCAACAUGGAAACUAAAAGAGUGGAGAUCCCCACUGGCGUACUGGACGACCUUUGCAGCCGGUUCAUCCUGCACAUCCCCAGUGAGGAGAGGGACAACGCGAUCCGGGUGUGCUUCCAGAUCGAGCUGGCCCACUGGUUCUACCUCGACUUCUGCAUGCAGAACACUCCAGGAGCUCCUCACUGUGGGAUAAGAGACUUCGCCAAAGCAGUUUUCCAUCACUGUCCGUUUCUGCUGCCUCAUGGGGAGGAUGUUCAGAAAAUCCUCGAACAGUGGAAGGAGUACAAGAUGGGUGUUCCUACCUUUGGUGCAAUCAUUCUAGAUGAAGCUCUGGAAAACGCACUGCUUGUUCAGGGAUACCUUGCAAAGUCCGGCUGGGGCUUUCCAAAGGGGAAAGUGAAUGAGGAUGAAGCUCCUCAUGACUGUGCAGUUCGUGAAGUGUUGGAGGAGACAGGCUUUGACAUCAAGGAUCGCAUCUGUAAAGACGGGUACAUAGAGCAGAAAAUCACUGACCAGCUGGUACGGCUCUACAUCAUACCAGGAGUGUCAAAGGAUACCAAGUUCAAUCCCAAAACCAGGAAAGAGAUCAGGAACAUUGAAUGGUUUCCUAUUGAGAAGCUGCCAUGUCACAGGAAUGACAUGACCCCAAAGUCUAAACUUGGACUUGCCCCCAACAGGUUUUUCAUGGCCAUUCCAUUCAUAAGGCCGCUGCGAGAGUGGAUCAGCAGGCUAAAAGGAGAGUCCACAGACAGCGAUGAGGACUUUGCAAACAGCGGCACCACUCCGGGCAAACCUUCAGACAACACUCGGUCAAAAUCGCGCCGGCUCACAGGUACUGAUGCAUUUCCAGGAGACAGCUGGGCAAAACACAAACAGCAGAAGGCUCUGGAGCAGCUGAACCAGCAUGAGCUCAACCAGAACCCAAAUUUGAAAAGCAAUGGGAAGAAAUGUCAGGACUCAUCUUAUGGAGCCAACAACCAACAGGUGAAAACCAUAUUGAAAGAAGAUAAAAGACUUCAACCUAGAAGACUGCAAGACAGUUUUGAGAGAGAUGUGGCUCCACACAGCUCCAACGGUCAGCAGAUAGUCCGCAGCAGAGACUCCGAGGACCUGCUGUCCUCUAAGGCUUUCCUCAAUUUCAAGUUUGACAGAGACGCCAUCAUGAAAUGCUUUGACUACUAACAUGGCUGAUGAGGAACUGUGCCUCUCCUGUAACAGCAGGAAACUAUAGCCUCAGAGACUUUUGACCUUGUAGACUAGGCAAGGAUGUUACUGAACAUUUCCUUUUCCUUCUUGGCCUGCUUGUCGUGAGCACACGUUUACAGUGGGGAGUUGCUCAUCCGUCCCUGAACACAUCCAAUAAGCUUCACAGGAGUGGUUUGCCUUUGCUGCCUCACCUUUCAGACUAUAUAGAAGGUAUGGUAACCUAACGGGACUGUCUUCCAUCUGUCUGAGGCAGAAUCCUAACGGAAUUCGAAAGUUAAUAUGCAGGAGACAACACAUAGACCAUUAGUCGUUUAAAGACAAGAGAUCAAAGAUUUUGAUAACAUAAUGGAUUUUAAGCACAUAUGAGGUGACUGAAACAUAAAAAAAAAAAAUUGGUUGUGGUACCUCAGUGAAUUUGGCCAGUGAAUCAAUGUUACAUUUAGUUUAUGUACUGAUUUUAAGAUGUAAUAACUUAAGUGUUGUUCAUUUCCUCCAUUCUUCCUAUUGAGUCCUAAAAAUGUUUUGAAAACUUAAAAAAGGUGGGUAUUAAUAGUAUUAUUGGCUUUAUGUAUUUACAGUGUUGUUGGCUUUAUUACCAUAAUUAAGAUUUUAUCCAGGAAUGUAGUUUGUAAUAUGAUAAUGACUUGUGGAAUGAAGAACAAGCGGUCUUUGCAAGUUGAAUGUCAUUAAAUUCAUGUUGUUCUGCUGUAUUUAAUUCUAUGGCUGCCAAUAUUAGGGUGAACUCAUUAGAUGUUUGGAAAUCAACCAUUAAGGCCAGACAAAUCACUGAUCACUGACACAAGGACAUCAUUAAAUGAAUUUAAAUUAUGUACGGAUGUAAACUUGUCCCUAAUGAAAAUUAACAUUUCCAUAAUGGGAUGAUUUGGGCAUAUCUCUAUUAUGAGAGAGUUUUAUGAAAAUAGCAGAUUUUCCCAUUCAUCUUUCUUAUUGUGACAGUGUAGUGCUCAGGUUCACACUGAAACAAUGAUCAGUGUAGUUUUCAUUUCAAGUUUCAUUUUGGGAGUAAUUGUGCAUUUUCAAACCAUAUAUGUCAAAAUUGGAUUUCAACAUUUUCAUUUUAGAAGGAAAAUGACUGAUGAAAUAGUUUGAUUGGAAAGUUUUUAGCAACAGACUUCCAGACAUUGUUAUUUUCCAGUCAUUGACCCACAUCCCACUCGUGUUUGUCUGUCUUAAGGUUUCACAGGAUUAAAUUCCUGUUGAAAUUACUUAGACCAGAAUGUUUCAAUCAUAUCCUUCAUGGUCCACCUCUUAGCUUCUACAGUGUUUGGCUGGUAUGAAAACGUGCACACUUUAAGGCUGUGGGGCAUGAUGGAGGAUCAAUGCAUUAGUCUACUGUGAACAGUUAAUCUCAACCAAUGACGAAUACAAAUUACUCUGACAAAUGCCCACAUCAAGGGAUUUCUAGCCACUAUAGCUGAAAAUAAGACUAAGAAGUGUUCAAAGUCUCACAAUUUAUAGUUUCUCAAGGUAAUAUCAUAAACAUGCAUUGAGAUGUCUUUUUGUGAUUCUCACUGGGGUUUCUUUGUUAUUCAUUGUACAAAUGCUGAUCUCAAGUUGUCCAUUGGCAUUAAUGAUGUUUUGACUUAAAAUGUGAACAUUAAUAAAGUUUGUUUUUUACA